AAUAUAUUUAGACUGACUUAUCUCUAGAAACAGAAAUCGCUUAAUCUGAGCAAAAUCGCAGCUCUCAAGUGCGCCAACAGUAAACGCGCGGCACGUCUGAGUCUUAUCUCUCAUUUGUUGUAUGUACAUACAAACGAUUACCAUAUCAAACUAACCAGUGAGAUAUGUUUGUGUCGUAUCUACACACAAGUAUUUAAUAAAACUUGAUUCGCAGCAAAUAAACAAUUUAGUGAAAUACUCAGUGAGAAUCGAACAACAUGAAUACCGCGCGAAUAAAUCGCUUGACGCUGCUGGGCGUUGCGUUGUUGUUUUGUGCGUUUCAGAUACAAAAUGUAAAUAGUAUCAAUAUUCUGGGCUUGUAUACGAGCCACAGUCCCUCGCAUUUGAUAGUGCACAUGUCCGUGGCGAAGGCUUUGGCUGAGAAGGGACACAAUGUCACAGUCGUAUCAUCAUUGGAACCAAAAGUCACACACAAAAAUAUCAAUCACAUCGUAAUACCGGCUCCCAAAGAGGGUAUGGAAGCACUUGACAAGAUGAUGUCGGAAAUAGCAAAAAAGAAAAAUUCGAUAUUUUCCACUGUGAGAGACCUACUUGGCUCAAUGAGUAUAAUGUUAGAGUUACAAUUUGACGCGAUGAAGGAUAAACGCUUCACAGCCUUGUACGAAAAUCCAGAUAACAAAUUCGACGUUGUCAUAUUAGGUUUCUUUAUGAAUGAUUUUCAAUUGGGUGUGGCAGCUAGAUUUAAAGCACCCAUUAUUGUUGAGUGGACUGCAGCCAGUAAUGAUCUUAUCGAUAGGUAUGUUGGAAAUCCACCAGAAAUCUCAUAUGUGUCCAGUAUGAGUGCAACCACAACGCCAGGUGUGCCGAUGACAUUCCUGCAGAGAUUAAAAAACGUAUUUGAGAGAAUAUUUUUCCGUGGUGUAGAGUUAAUUAUCAACAAUCUGAUGAGACGAUAUUACAGAGAUUUAUACCCACGUGAAAAUUUCCCAACAUAUGAUGAGAUGAAGAAGAAUGUAUCGAUGAUAUUUACCAACAGUCAUUUCAGCGAAGGAUUGAUUAGACCAAAUGUGCCAGCAGUCGUCGAAAUGGGUGGCAUACAAAUCAAAGAUAAGCCCGAUCCAUUACCAAAGGACAUUGAUGAUCUCAUGAAUGCAUCAAAAGAAAAUGGCGCCAUACUUUUCAGUUUGGGUUCAAAUUUAAAGAGCGACUUUAUCAAUCCUAAUACUAAUAAAAUCAUAUAUAAUGUAUUAUCGAAACUUAAGCAAAAUGUCAUCUGGAAAUGGGAAGACUUAGAUAAUACUCCCGGCAAAGCAUCGAAUAUAAUUUAUAAGAAAUGGUUACCACAGGAUGACAUUUUAGCCCAUCCUAACUUAAAACUGUUUAUAACACAUGCCGGUAAAGGUGGCAUUGCAGAGGCACAAUAUCAUGGUGUACCUAUGGUAGCCCUUCCAUGUUUCGCUGAUCAAUCGAAAAAUGCUGAAUAUAUGGAACAGUCUGGUUAUGGAGUACAAUUAGAUAUGCUGUCACUAACGGAAGAAGCCUUGACAAAAGCACUGCAAGAAGUUCUCUCAAAUCCAAUUUACAAAAAGAAUAUAAACAAGUUCUCUGAAUUAUAUCGCGAUCGCCCAAUGUCUGCUAAACAGAGCGUUGUAUAUUGGACCGAAUAUGUAGCACGUCAUCAUGGUGCCGUACAUAUGCAGAGUCCACUGGUACAUUUGAAUACUAUACAGUAUCUUGCAUUAGAUGUAUUUGCAGUUAUAUUUAUCGCCCUCUACAUUGUUUGGAGAAUCAUUAAAUUGGGCUUUUGCUUUAUAUGCAAAAAGGCCUGUAAUGCACUACAAUGCAAGAAGAAGGACGAAGCCAAAAACAAAAAUAAGAAUAAGAAAGUUAAAAAACAAUAAUUAAUAAUUAAUUAAAUAAUUUAGAUAAUUAAGA